UCUAUAGACGAAACUAUAAAAUGACAAGUAGGAGCGGUUAGCAAUGGCGUUCAAUUUUUCGGCAUUUUCCUAUAUCAUAGCACUUAUUAUAGAUGCUUUUCUUAUAUUUUUCUCUUUAUUUCACGUCAUAGCUUUCGAUGAAUUGAAGACAGAUUAUAAAAAUCCAAUCGAUCAAUGUAAUAGUUUGAACCCCUUGGUUCUUCCGGAGUAUUUGCUUCAUUUAGUGUUCAGCUUCUUAUUUGCCUGUUCAGGAGAAUGGUUUUCUUUAAUGUUGAAUAUCCCUCUAUUAGCUUAUCACAUAAACCGAUACAGAACAAGGCCUGUGAUGUCAGGACCUGGAUUAUACGAUCCUACAAGUAUAAUGAAUGCAGAUGUUUUGACUAAAUGUCAGAGAGAGGGCUGGAUCAAAUUGGCCUUUUAUUUAUUAUCAUUUUUCUAUUAUCUUUAUGGGUAUGUAAUAUCUUUGGAAAGAGAACAUGAAAUAACGUGAUAGUUUUUGUAAAGAAUGUAUGUUAUUGGGUCUAAUUUUAAUUUUUAUUCCAUUCAUGAAGUAAGUUAAAUGCUAUGUACUUACAAAGUAUCAUUAACCUGGUUUUUUAAAAAAAAGAAAUUAUUUAACAAUGAAUAUUCUAAAUUUUAUUAUUAUUGGAUGGUAUAAUACUUUCUCUAAUAACAAUAUAAACAUUAUAUCAUUGAAUAAGUAUUCAACUCCUUUCUAAGUAGAAAGGAGUUGCUUUUUUAGCAUACUCUGCUAUAACCACAAUAAUAAUUUCAUCAUUUAUAUUAUUCAAAUAAGAAAGAAUAAGUUUUUUGACACUAAGAUCUUCUCCAAACUAGGAGUACUAUUUUUUUAUUUUAUUUAUUAUGGUGAAUAAGACAAACAUUUUUUUAUGCCAAGGCGAACUCAUCUUAUAUCAUCAAUAAAUCCAUGUGAUACAUAUUACAUGAAGUUUUAAUUCUUAUCAUCAGUUGAGAACAUCUGCUCAUAAUUUAACUAUACUAGUAGAUUUGAAUUGGUAAUUGUUUUAGUAUAAUUGUCAUCAGAUUCCUAGUAGAGAGCUUAAUUUUUGUGGAAAAUAUUAAAUAUAUUGUUUAAAAAUCAA